AACUCAGAAGCUCCAUCCUCCUGCCUGCCCUUCAAAGAGGUUCCAGGCCCCUGUGACCCAGAGGAUCUGCUGGACGGUGUGAUUUUUGGGGCAAAGUACCUGGGGUCCACACAGCUCGUCUCAGAGAGGAACCCCCCGACCAGCGUCCGCAUGGCACAGGCCCAGGAGGCAGUGGACAGGAUCAAGGCACCGGAGGGGGAGUCCCAGCCCAUGACAGAGGUGGAUCUGUUUGUCUCCACACAGAGAAUCAAGGUGCUCACAGCUGACACGCAGGAGGCCAUGAUGGAUCACUCCCUGCAGACCAUCUCCUACAUCGCCGACAUCGGCUCCCUCGUGGUGCUCAUGGCACGCCGCAAGCUGCCGCAGCGCCCGGGGCUGGCCCAGGAGAAGAGGCUCUACAAGAUGAUCUGCCACGUCUUCCACUCGCCCGACGCCCAGAUCAUCGCCCAGGCCAUCGGGCAGGCGUUUGGUGUGGCCUACCAGCGCUUCCUGGAGGCCAACAGCAUCGACCCCAGUGAGCUGAGCCCACGCCAGUACAGCCGUGCCCUGGAGGACCAGGAGCAGUACAACGCAGAGCUGACGCACUUCUCCCGGCAGGAGAACUGCAAGGACUCCACCACGGCCGUCAUCCGGCGCCCCGACUCCAAGUACCAGCUGGGUUUCUGCGUUGAGAACGGCGUGGUGAGUGCCCCGGGGACGGGAGCGGGGCCGGGCCAGGCGCAGCCGGGGGCUGGGAGGGUCCACGGGGCUCUGCGCUGCCACAGCACCAGGCUCCAUAGCUCCCCUGCG